AUGACCGAGGCGGAAUCGGUGACCAAGAUCGUCAAACCGUCUGCUUCCACCAACUCACCUUUCCUCUUCCAGGAUCUUGGGGUCGAUAUCUUGCGAAAAAUCAUAGGCCAUGUCUUUGUUCUCGAGGGGCUUGGUGAACAAUUCAUGUGGCCCUUCUAUCGCCAGGGCAUGCUUGCCGGGUACAUACGAGUCGGGAAGGGUGACGAGGCUGUGAACGACAACGUCAAUCUACAGCUAUUGCGGGUCAACAAACUCUUCCGAGCCACUGGCAGCCAGGUCUUCUACGGAGGUCGCACAUUCGUCUUCGACGACCCAAUCCUCUGCAGCUGGUGGACCACACACAUUGGAACAAUGAACUUCUCGAACAUACGUUCGCUCACAGUGCGCAUUGAUUCCGGCUUCCCGCCAGUGUACCUUGAUAUACGCAGUGCCAUUGAUCUGACGUUCGAAGAAGAGUGGUUCGGCUUCUUCUGCUGGUUGAAGGAUCGACACCAGCUAGAUGCAAUCCACAUCGAGCUGUGUGGCUGGCUCAACAUCCAUGUUAUCCGAGUCAAGCGAAACCCGUCUACCAGCCCAGCGGAACUAGAGACGGAAGAGAAAGCGGAAAUCUUGCACUGGCGCCGCAAGCUGCAGGGCAAAAUCUCCAAGCUGCGUGGAUUGCAGUAUGCCUCGAUCGCCGACAACCAAAACAGCACUCUGACUCCGACCGAGUGCGACGAGUUGUGCGCACUCAUGACCCAAUCGAGAGACACCCUCCCCAAGUCACCUGAUCGGCGCAAUAUGCCGCUGUCCGAGGUUCUGGCGCAGGUUCGUCUCAAUAACCAGCAGCACGGAGCCGGGAAUAUCAUGUCGGUCCAAGAAGAAGUGGAGCAACAAGAGGAAGAACGUCGACGAUCCCGGUUCAUGCUGGCGGAAGAAGGAAGACGCAAACGCGAUCUCGAAGCGACGCAGGGAAGUGGAGGAGGAGAGCAAGAAGCGCCGCGAUGA